AAAUGAAAGUGCCGCAGGCACCCUGUAGCGGUAACUUAUUUAUUAAAUUUAUAAACUAAAUUAAUUCUAAAAGUAAUGGCGGCACUUUGACAUUGCACGUGCAGCUUCCUAUUGCGGCCCGAAGGUACGUACGUAUUUCUCGUAGGGCCGUUUAUCCAAUCGCUGUAGUCGGCUCUCCACGAGCUCCCGAAAGUUGUGUAUUACCUCGGCAUCCGCCUCGAUUAGUUUCCUCUCCUCGUUGAUGAUCUCGGCCAGCUGCUCGUCACUGUCCGCCGCCGCCCGACGUGACACCGAGCCCUCCAGACGAGUGCUGAUCUGGUUGACUAUCUUCUCGCUCUCGUAGUCCAUUAUCUUGGCCAGCGCCUUGGCCGGCGUGCGCCGCGCAUAGCGUGACUCGGGUAUGGUGGGGGCAUCCAGGGAGGGCUCAUCGGGAUGCGUUUCGCUGAGCGUGGAGUUGUUUUGAAAAUUGGUCAGGUGGAAUGUGCCAUUGGUGUCGUAGAACUUGUAGCCCAGCAUCUCCAGCGCGAUUUCCGUGAAAAUUCCGCACCCAGCAAUCGAUAACCGGUGGAGGUGUGGCAGCACUGGCCAUCAGCUGUUCGCGCAGCGUCAAUUGUUUCUCGCUUUGCAUUUUUUUUACCUGUUCAUCACAAUAAUAAGAGACGAAAGGCGGAAAUAGGACACCCAUAUUUGCUUCGAAUGCAGCCCGAGACAGUGCAGCCAUGAAGAUCAACGAGAAGAACCUGUACGUGUUCGCGAGAACGCCGCCCUUCGACAUGGAAGGCUUCCUCAACAAACGGGGCGAGGUCAACAAGGCCUUCCAGCGACGCUACUUCGUGCUGAAAGGCAACCUGCUCUUCUACUUCGAGUCGCGCUUGGACAAGGAGCCCUUGGGCCUCAUCAUUGUCGAGGGCUGCACCAUUGAGCUGUCUAACGAGGUGGACAACUACUGCUUCGAGAUCGCCUUCAACGGCAAUCGCACCUACAUCCUCGCCGCCGAAAACCAAGACAGCAUGGAGACGUGGAUGAAGGCGCUAACAUGCGCCGGCUACGAGUAUAAGCGCAUCAUCCUGGCCGAGCUAAAACGCCAGUUGCAAGAGAUGGAGGACGCAAGAAACAAGAUGCUCGGCAGCGCCUUGGACGGACCACAAAAUGCAUCGGAGAGUGCGAAGCCUAGACCGCCGCCCAGGCGGACAAAUCCAUUCAACAGACCCGCUCCUCCUCCACCAGACAGUUCGCUGAGGGGCGGAGUAGUCAUGUCGCCCCUGCCAUUUAUCAACGGAUACUUCGGAUCGAGCAACGCGCGCCUGCAGCAGGAGAAGCUAAUGAGCAAGCAAGACGCAAACGGAAACGGAAGCCCCAGCGGAACGCCCAGGGCCCAGCGCCGUCCCACGCCCGCUCCUGCCAUCGCGAACAGCGUCUUCUAUCCCGAUGUCCGGGAUCCGGGAGCGGCCAACAAUAAUCACAGCACCGUCAACGGUGCUGAGCGCCAGCGUCGCCAGGUCAAAGCACUGGAGGAGUUCGCACGCAACCACGAGCGCUUUCGCAGGGAACUGAUGCCGGAUGUGUCCGCUUACCGCGAGCGCCAGGGUCAGCCGCUCAUCCAGUUGUGAUGUAGGAGUGGGCUGCUCCGACAAAAAGCCAAUGUAUUACCCGUUUUGUGCUAAAUCAAAUACGUUUCAAAUGAACUAUGCUUAAUUUCC